GUGUCACACCAGAGAAGAGAUCGUUGCACGCAUAAUGGCUUCAGGGCAACAAGUCAACAGGGAGGAGGAGGUUUCCAGAGAAGAGGAACGAGCCAAGAGGGAGGCCAUGUCGCUGGAGGAGAUCGGCCACCACCGCGCCACCGCUCAGCAGAACUCCAUCGAGUCCAUCAGGGCCGCGGAGGAGCGGUACGAGAAAGCCAAGCAUGCCGGCUUGGCGACGGUCCACCACGCCAAAGAAACCGUCGUCCACGGCCUCGGCGCCGCGGGGGCUUAUGCCGCCGCCAAAGGCACCGAGGCGAAGGAUUAUGCGGGCGAGAAAGCCCGCGGUGCAGCUGAAGUUGCUGCGCAGAAGGCUGCCGCAGCAAAGGAUGUCACCAUCGAAAAGGGCCGACAGGGGCUCGAAGUCGCAAAGGAUACCGCGGCCCAGGCGGCGGCGAAGUCGAAGGAUGUCGCCGUGAGCGCAGGUGAGACUGCGGCAGAUUAUGCAAAACAGGCGGCGGUGAAGGCCAAGGACGUGACUGUUGGCACUGGUGAGACCGCAAUGGAGUAUGCAAAGCAAACGGCCGCGAAGACGAAGGAUGUGACAGUGUACACGGGCCAGACCGCAGCGGAUUACGUGAAGCAGGCAGCCAUGAAGACGAAGGAUGUCACGGCCGGUGCGGGCGAGACAGCCAUAGAUUACGCAAAGCAGGCAGUGGAGAAGGCAAAGGAUGUGACGAUAAGCACCGGGCAGACUGCUGCUGAGUUCGCGCAGCUAGCAGCUGCAAAGACAAAGGAUGCGACGCUGAGUGCAGCAGAGUACGCGCGCGAGAAGGCCGUGGGAGCCAAGGAUACAGCUGCUGAGACAACGCAGAGAACCACAGAGGAGGUAAAGGAGACCGCGAAGGCCAUGGGUCAGGGAGCUAUGGAGAAGGCGGAAGAGGCCAAGGAAGCAGCAAAGGACACAGGCGGAAGAGCCAUGGGAUACACAAGUAACAAGGCAGAGGAGGCAAUGGAGGCCGCUAGGGCUAUGGCUCGGAAAGCCGUGGAGAAAGCUCGGGAAGCUAGGGAAGCAGCGAAAGGCACGGGCGAAGAAGCCAUGAGGAAAGCAAGAGCGAAGGCAGAGGAGGCAAUAGAGGCAGCCAAGAGAGCCCUGGAGUACGCAGCGUUCAAGGGAGGGGAUGAACAGGAGAAGACUAGAGAGUACACUGCCGAGAAAGCAUCCGAAGCAAAGGAAAAACGAGGAGAGAAGACCGAAGAGGCCAAGAGAAUCAUGGAGGGAGCAAAACAGGAAGCAGGAGGAGGAGAAGCCAUGGAGACCGGAGAUGAAGCUAAACACUACAAGGAAGAGAAAGCUACCGAACCACAGAAAGUAAAGGCAGGGGAAGGAGGAGGAGGAGGAGAAGAAACCAAGCCAGCGAAGAUCCCUGCGGCGGUAAUAGAGGUCACAAUGCAAGAGGCGAUUGAUUCCACUGCUGCUGCCGGUGAGCUACUGGAAACCAUUGGCGUGGCAGUCACCGAAAUUGCCAUGUCUACAGCUGAUAUGAUCAUCGGAUUAGAGGCAGAAGAGAAGAGAGGUGAAUGA